GAACAACUAUUAUCAUCGAAGGAACGAAAUGACCACCACUGAUGACCUGGAUUUUAAGCACCACAACUAUAAGGAAAUGCGCCAGCUGAUGAAGGUCGUGAACGAAAUGUGCCCCAACAUCACCAGAAUUUACAACAUUGGCAAGAGCCACCAGGGCCUGAAGCUGUAUGCCGUGGAGAUCUCUGACCACCCUGGGGAGCAUGAAGUCGGUGAGCCGGAGUUCCACUACAUCGCAGGGGCCCACGGCAACGAGGUGCUGGGCCGAGAGCUGACCUUGUUGCUGAUGCAGUUCCUGUGCCAAGAGUACUUGGCCCGCAACGCGCGCAUCGUCCGCCUGGUGGAGGAGACCCGCAUUCACAUCCUCCCCUCCCUCAACCCCGAUGGCUAUGAGAAGGCCUAUGAAGGGGGCUCGGAGCUGGGUGGCUGGUCCCUGGGGCGCUGGACCCAUGAUGGCAUCGACAUCAACAACAACUUUCCCGACUUAAACACGCUGCUCUGGGAGGCAGAGGACCGACAGAACAUUCCAAGGAAAGUUCCCAAUCACUAUAUUGCAAUCCCUGAGUGGUUUCUGUCUGAAAAUGCCACGGUGGCGGUAGAGACCAGGGCUGUCAUAGCCUGGAUGGAAAAAAUCCCCUUUGUCCUGGGCGGCAACCUUCAGGGCGGCGAGCUGGUGGUGGCGUACCCCUACGACAUGGUGCGGUCCCUGUGGAAGACACAGGAGCCCAGCCCCACGCCCGACGACCACGUGUUCCGCUGGCUGGCCUACUCCUACGCCUCCACGCACCGCCUCAUGACCGAUGCCAGGCGGAGGGUGUGCCACACAGAGGACUUCCAGAAAGAGGACGGGACCGUCAAUGGGGCCUCUUGGCACACUGUUGCCGGAAGUCUCAACGAUUUCAGCUACCUUCACACCAACUGCUUCGAGCUGUCCAUUUACGUGGGCUGUGAUAAGUAUCCGCACGAGAGUGAGCUGCCCGAGGAGUGGGAGAAUAAUCGAGAGUCCUUAAUCGUGUUCAUGGAGCAGGUCCAUCGCGGCAUCAAAGGCGUGGUGAGGGACUUCCAUGGGAAAGGAAUUCCGAAUGCCAUUAUCUCUGUGGAAGGCGUUAACCAUGACAUCCGAACAGCCAGCGAUGGGGAUUACUGGCGCCUCCUGAACCCCGGAGAGUAUGUGGUCACAGCCAAAGCCGAAGGGUUCACCUCAUCCACCAAGAACUGCAUGGUCGGCUAUGACAUGGGGGCCACGCAGUGCGACUUCACACUCAGCAAAACCAACCUGGCCAGGAUCAGGGAGAUCAUGGAAAAGUUCGGGAAACAGCCCAUCAGCCUGCCAGCCAGGCGGCUGAAGCUGCGGGGGCGGAAGAGACGACAGCGCGGGUGACCUCCCAACACUUGAGACCUGUCCCGGACCCCUGCAAAUUAAACCACCCCCAGAUGUAGCUCCAUAGAGGACUCGCUCCCUGUUGUUUUCUCUGUAAUUCACGAAGGCCUGGGAGAAUGUGUGUAUUGAAAGGCUGGUCCUGAGGGGAGGGCUGAAAGCUUAGGAUAUUUUUUGUAGUCUUUGUCCCAUUUAUCCAAAUAACUCAGAUCAGCAGAGAAAGGCUAGUAGGAGUGAGAAUUCAGCAACUCAACCUGAGAAUUAGAGACAGAGCGGGGCUUGCCAGCUCUGGGCCUCCUGGCUGCACCGGAAGGGAAGCCGGUGCUCCCCUCCCCCCACUUGCUUGUGUGACAGCAAGAGUUCCUCGUGCAUUUGCAUUUUGCGUGGCUCCAGUUGCAGCAUUCCUGGGGCCCUGCGGUCCCAGGAGUUACCAUCUGAGAUGCUCACGGGCAUUCUGAGAGAAUCCACCCUCUCUGGCCCCAGGACACUCCAAG